CUUCAUAGUUCAGCGGUGCAUCCUGUCAUCAUGAUACUCACACUCACAGAAUAGAAUGAAUUUGCGUGGGCCGGGUGAUAUCUAAGCCCCAAAAUCCCUAUUUUAUGAAACCGAAACACACUGGCCCUGCCAUUUUGGAUCGCCAUGAAGCCUUCCGUGACCGUGUGUAUGUUGGUGCUACUUUGUUGUUACAGAUUUCAGUCUGCCGUGUCGCUGCCGUCUGUGUUGGAUUAUUCACCGCAAGAAGAUCACGACCAUGACGACAAAGUCAAAGUAUUCGUCCAGAAAAAGAAAGACAGACCCCAGUUAAAUGGUACCCUGCCCUUCCUUGUCAUCGGUGAUUGGGGAGGGCAGACUCUACUGCCGUAUACCACCGAGGAUGAAGUGGCAUGUGCUAAGCAGAUGGGCGUGAUUGCAGAGAGAAUUUCUUCCUUGUUUGUCCUCGCUCUGGGGGAUAAUUUCUAUGAGCAAGGAAUUCAAACGGAUGCUUAUGACAAAAGAUUCAAGGAAACAUUUGAGGAUGUUUUUACACAUCCGUGGUUGCAGACGCCAUGGAAUGUUAUUGCUGGCAAUCAUGACUGGCGAGGUAAUGUCACGGCCGAACUGGAGUACACAAAGUUAUCAAAGAGAUGGAAUUUUCCAUCCUUGUACUAUAAACUGGAGUACACCAUUGAAGGUACAAGCUCAACUGUGGUGUUCAUCAUGAUUGACACUGUGGUGCUGUGUGGUGUUAUGGACGAGUGGAGUACACCUGAAGAGCUGGAGGGACCGGCUGAUAAAAACGCUUCUGAAGUCCAGUGGCAGUGGAUUGAGACCCAGCUUAAGAAUUCUACGAGUGCCGACUAUGUGAUCGUUGCAGGUCACUAUCCAGUAUGGUCAAUAGCAGAACAUGGUCCGACAGAAGGUCUAGUAUCCCGUCUCAGACCCUUGCUUACCAAGUACAAAGUCAGUGCUUACUUCAGCGGACAUGACCAUAAUCUUCAGCAUAUAAGAGAAGACUCCUCCACUGUUGAUUAUUUUGUGAUCGGAGCCGGCCACAUCGUCAACGACUCCCAAGAACACAUAGAUAAAAUCCCUCCAAACUCCCUCAAGUAUUGCUUCAGGGAUGUCACAAGUAAAGGUGGGUUUGCCUACGUCGUUGCUACCCCCAUCAGCAUGCAGUUUAUAUUUGCAGAUGGACUGAAAGGACAGGAUUUGUACAUGGCUGAAAUUAAACCUCGCACCAGAAGACACAGUGAAGUAAAAAAUGGAAAGAAACGCUUUUAACAACACCGAUCGUCGCAGCAACUAAAAAACACCACGGUCUCGUCCAAGUUCGUUGCCCUGCGUCUUGUAAUAUCACUGCACUAAAAAUGACAUGUACUAACCUUUUUUAUACUCUGUGUCUUCCCUCAAGGAUAAUGGUACUGGGUUACCCAAAGCAAUUGUAAUAUUAACAUUACUGCCAGUACUAAAAUCAGGUAAUUUUUAUCAAUGUUUUUAGUCUAAAUAUGCAUGCAACUUUUCACCUGAUCAACUUUUUACUUGGUAAACUCAUGGUAAACUGAAAAACACUACACACGUUUGUGUGAUUUGCACUUUCCUCUUUUUUGCUUGUCUUGUAUCAUUGUUUCCGACACUGUUUGCCAUUUAAAGGAACAUGUUGCAGUGGAUCAAACAAGUUGGUCUUUGAAAAGCGUUUGUAACCGUUUGUUAUAAAA